AUGAGCGACGAGGUCAAGAGCAUGUGCUCCGCAUCCGCGGACACGGCGCUUGAUAACGGCUGCCGCGGCGGCGGUGAUGGUUCGCCUUCCGUCGAUCAUGGCAGCAGCACCGUGGGAAGCACGCCGGAUGACCGCGGCGCCAUCGUUCUGCGUCGCAAGAAGCCCAUUGCCGGUUGGCGACUCGCCGUGAUAUUCGCAUGCAUCGGCAUGGGUCUGUUCCUCUCGCUGCUCGACGCCACCGUCGUCGCCACCAUGCUCGUCGACAUCUCCGCCGAGUUUCAAGACUUUCGAACCUCGUCCUGGGUCGUCCUCGCCUAUACCCUCACCGAAGUCGGCUUUGCUGUCGCCAUGGCCCGGCUCUCCGACGCGCUCGGCCGCAAGACGGUCGCCUGCGCUUCCUUCGCCGUCUUCCUUGCCGCCUCCAUGGGCUGCGCCGCCGCCGCCAGCCUCGACCAGCUCAUCGGCUUCCGCGCCGCGCAGGGCGUCGGCGGCGCCGGACUCUACGCCAUGGCCAUGAUCACCUACCCGGAGCUGAGCCCGCCCUCACGCGUCGUCCUCGUCACGUCCGCCCUCGGCGUCAUUGUCGCCCUGGCCGGCGUCUGCGGGCCCGUCAUCGGUGGCCUGCUAACGACGUACGUCGGCUGGCGCUACGUCUUCUGGAUCAACGCACCCUGCGCGUUCGUCCCUGGCGUGCUGCUCCUCAUCCUCUGGCCCAAGGACUACCAGCUCUUCGUCAAGAUUAGCAUGCGUCGCCUCGACUACCUCGGUGCCGUCCUCAUCCUCAGCGCCACCGUCCUGCCCGUCUUCAUCAUCAACCAGGCCGCGAUCCAAGACUACGCCUGGCGCAGCGCAACAACCAUCAGCGUGCUCGUCAUCGGCGGCCUGUGCUGGGUCGGCCUCGUCGUCUGGCAGCGCCAGCUCGCGCGCGACGUCCGCCUGCGCCACAUUCGGCCCCAGCUACCCUUUCACAUCCUCACUAGCCGCGUUAUGCUCGCCGCUAUCUUUGACACGUUCCUCUCCGGGUUCGUCCUCCUCCUAGCCAUCAUCAACAUCCCCCUCCGCUCUCAAAUCGUCAACCUAUACGGGCCUGUGAAAGCCGGUGCUCUGCUCCUCCCCAUGAUGGGCGGCGGCGCGUUUGGCUGUGCCCUCGGCGGCGCCCUCUCCCUCCGCCGCAACAACACCUUCCCCGUGUUGGUCGCCGCCAGCGCCAUCCUCGCCAUUUCCUCAGGCGUCCUCUCUGGCCUUCCCGAUAAAGCCGAGCCGCCCGCGUGGCAAUGGGGCCUUGAGGCCGUCCUUGGCGUCGGCAUCGGCCUCAAAAUCUCCAGCACCACCUUCCUCGCCGUCUUGCAGUCCGACUUUGAAGAUCACGCCAUCUCGCAGGGUAUCAUCGCGCAGAUGCGCGUCUUUGGCGGCAGCCUCGGCGUCGCCAUCAGCAUCAUCGUGCUCAUUGCCAAGAUCCAAAGCGGGCUGCAGGACAGCCUCACGCCCGACCAGCUCGCCAGCUUCUACCGCUCGCCGCUCAUUCUCCUCCAGUUCGGGCCCAAGCAGCAACUAGUCGCCCGCCAAGCCUUUAUCGACGCCUUUCGCGUGGACAUGUACGUUUGUGUCGGCGUGUCUGUUGCAUCGCUGCUCGUCGCCCUGUUCACAUACCAACGCCACCCGCCGUCAGUCCAGUCCAAGCUGGAGGACCUGGAGAGGGAGCUGGCGAGGGGCGCGGCGCUGAUGGGAGUUUCAGAAACAACAGAAGCAUAA